GCCGUUUCAUUGACACGAGCCCGUCUUUUCCCAGUCUGUGCACGCGCGAGCUUCGCUCCAGAGAGGCGACUGCGGAGCAUCAGCGGACUCCGAUACAAAACGGGAGUCUGCUCAACCAUGGGACCGUGGGGGGUGCCGGCUGGCCACAGCUGAGCUCCUCACAGUGAACAGAGCCUGUCCUCAUGUCUGCUCCUGUUAGCCAGAAAGCCUCAACAGCUUCCCAGAGUUUUGACUACUGCAGGUUCAUAGAGCUCGACUGUGUUCCCAUGGAGACGGGCUUUAUGGUCUCCAUGCGCCCAAGUCAUGGACACAUGCCUCACCAAUCUCCAGAGCGACACAGGCGACGGACUGCUCCCUCGUGCAGUAGCAGGGAUCCCUAUGGCAGUGCUUCUGUCUGCAGCAGCACCUCUGGCUCCUGCCGAGGCAGCGAUUGCAGCCCUACGGCCAGGUCAUACCCCACCACGCCCAGGCGUACCGUGAAGUACACCUCCUGCAAUGAUAACCACGGGAUCCGCCCACCUCCCCCAGAGCAGUACCUGACACCCCUGCAGCAGAAAGAGGUGUGUAUUCGGCACCUGCGGGCGCGGCUCAAGGAGAACAUGGAGACGCUGCAAGACAGGGACUCUGAGAUCGAGGAUCUGCGCACUCAGCUGUCCCGCAUGCAGGAGGACUGGAUUGAGGAGGAGUGCCACCGCGUGGAGGCGCAGCUGGCCCUGAAGGAGGCGCAGAGGGAGAUCCAGCAGCUGAAGCAGGUGGUGGACGUGGUGCGGACCAACCUGGGCCCGGGCCAGCAGCACCAGGACGGCGCCGGGCCGGGCCGCAGGCUGGAGGCCCCGGGGAGCCGCGCCUCGCUGGGGCCCGGGGGGUCCCGCUCCUGGGGCGGCUCGCCGGCCCGCUCCCUCACCCGCAGCUCCACCUACACCAAGCUGAGCCACGAGGCGCUGCUGGACCCGGGCGCGGGCCCGGAGCCCGGCCUGAGCGGGGAGGAGACCCAGGACAGCGGCUUCGCCUGCGGGGACAGCCGGGCCGACCUGCUGCUGGACGCGCUGCUGUACGAGGGCCCGCCCUCGCCCUACGCCCUGCCCCGCUCCUUCACCUACGACAAGCUGUGCACCUGCGACCUGCUGCUGGAGGAGCUGGAGGCCGGCAGCAGCAGCCAGCCCUGCCUGUCGCGCGCCCACCUGUACCUGCAGCACCUGCGCGAGUGCGCCGCGCAGACCGAGCACGCCCUGCGGCCGCCCGGCCUCGCCCACCCCAGGUCCCCCUCCUGCAGCCCCUCCUCCACCUGGAUCUCCGAGGAGGGCGAGGGCCCGGACACCGUCGCCGCGGAGACCGUCGCCGUGGACGGCGUCACCGUCGGCGACCCCGACUGGCCCCCGCCUCCGCCCACGCCACCGCCCUCCGGCGCGGUGGAGCUCCCGCCCACAGUCCAAACCUGCCAGCCCACAGGAGCGGGGCCCCUGGAGGAGCACUGCAGGGUGUCCGUGGAGGUGGAGGUGGAGGAGGAGGAGGAGGAGGGGGAGGACACAGGGGUGCGGGACGGGGCGGGGGCCGGGGCAGAGGGGGGACAGGACGAGGCGCCCCUGCAGAAGAGCUACUGGAGCCGCCACUUCCUGAUGGACCUGCUGGCCGUGGCGGUGCCGGUGGUGCCGGCCGUGGCCUGGCUGUGCCGCGGGCCCAGGAGGCCGGGCGAGCCGGUGUACAACAUGGGCUCCCUGCUGCGCGGCUGCUGUGCGCUCACCCUGCACUCCCUGCGCCGCGGGGGCGUGGCCCGGUGCGGCCCUGUCAGCGCCAGGGGCGGGACUGAGAUCUGAGACUCCGCCCACCCUGCAGCCCCAACUCUGAACCGUCCUCACGAUACAUCUGAGCUCACGCGCGGACACGUGUACAGACACGUGUACAGACACGUGCACAGAGACGUGUACAUGUACAGACACGCGCACAGACACACGUACACACAUGUACACACAUGUACAGACGCACGCACAGACACGCACACAAAAGAACAUGACUCACACA